AUGUCCUCGCUGCCGCAGACCCAGACGUACCACGGCAACUGCCACUGCGGCAGAGUCAGGUUCACCGCGACCCUCGCCGAUAUCCGCUCCUCUAAGAUCGUUCGUUGUAACUGCUCCAUCUGCACCAAGAACGGCUACCUCCUGGUAUAUCCUAAGCGCAAAGACGUCGUUUUCAGCUCUGGCGAAGACGACCUCUCGGCGUACCGCUUCGGGAACCAGAAGAAACCGCAUAAGUUUUGCCGCGUCUGCGGGACGAGCAUCCUUAUUGAUUUCUCGGAAGCGGAUCGGGAGAUUGAGAGGGAAGUCACUGCCGUCAACAUCCGGACAUUCGUGGGAAUUGAAGAUCUCAUGGGGGAAUUAGAGUUCCGAGACGUGGACGGCAAGAACAAGCUGGGACCGCCUUACAAGAUAGGAGAAUAA